CUGCUGUUCAGUAGGAACAUGGGUCUCUUUUUUUUGAAAAGAAAAAAAAGCAGAAAAGGAACAUCUUGACAGUCUGUUAUCAUAGAAAGGUGCAAAAGUAGCAAGCAGAGAGGGGGGAAUAAGAACUCGAUCCUGCACUCGAAAUAUGCACUGGGAAAAAUCUUCUGCAGCUGAGCAACUGCCUCCACCGCGCCCCUACCAAGGCGUCCGCGUGAAAGAGCCGGUGAAGGAACUUCUCAAGAGGAAGCGCGGCGGCAUUCAGAAUGCGAACCUGGCAGCGGCGGCCACAACGGUGUUUUUUCCCCAUCAGCCACUCCCACCCUACUCACCCACUGGCCAGGUCUGCAGCGAGCUGGACUUUUUCCCGUCUUCUCUGCCGGUGAUGGAGGAUGGAUCGCUCUACUCAGGCUGGCUGGCCCAACCCUCGCCAGCCUCUCUCCAGCCCUUAACCCAGUGGGCUGCCUACCCGGAUUAUACAUCACACGAGGCCGUCGCCUGUCCUUAUACGACCGACAUGUACGUUCAGCCGGUGGGCCCCAGUUACACCCUUGUGGGAACUUCUUCGGUGCUGACUUACGCGUCCCAGCCGCUGAUCACAAACUUUGCGGCCAGGCCCACCUCCUCGCCGGCUGUUGUCUCCCACUUGGAUAUGAUGGACCAACAAGCUCCUCUGAGCUACUUCCCAUGGACUCAGCCCGUAUCAGCCCUUCCGGCACCUUCUUUACAGUACCAGCCAGCUCCGACCACCCUCACCGCCCCCCAGCUUGUGUCUCUUCCUCUUUCCGUCUCCGAUUCCACCCCCCACGAGCUGGAGGACGCGAGGAAGGAGAUGAGCACGCUGACCAUCGAGAAGCUGCUCCUUCAAGAGGAAAACAGCGGGACGUAUGACUUGAACAGUCUCCCCGUUGAAGGACUUUAAAACCUAACUUCCAGUCGAUAUGAAUGUGUGAAAGUUCUCACGUUUCCCUUCCUCUCCUUCUCCCUCCUUCUCUUUCUCUCUCGGAUGUGAAAUCCAGCUUGUCUUAUGUUGAGUCUCUUCCCAGCAUCUCAAAAGUGUCCUAUUAAACACAACUAAUGAUAUCCA